AUGAAGAUGCUUAAUGCUGCCAUUCUCAUUUUAGUCCUGUUUUACCCCAGUCUCAGCACAGAGUGGCCUACGCACACAGUCUGCAAGGAGAACAAUUUGGAAAUAUAUUACAAAAGUUGUGAUCCUGUGCAAGAUUUUGCUCUUAGCAUCGACGGUUGUUCCAAUAUCUUAACGAAUACUUUUAACAUCAGAGCUGCAAUGGUCUUAAGACAGAACAUCAAAGAACUGUCAAUGGACAUUAAUCUCAUCAUAAAUGGGAAGAGUAUCCUAGCCUACUCACAGAAACUCUGUGAGCCGAAUGGCCGAAGGUUUAUUUUCUGUGGAAAGAAAAAAGGAGAACAUAUCUACUAUGAAGGGCCUGUCACACUGGGAAUCCAUGAAAUCCCCCAAGGAGAGUACACAGUUUCAGUGAAGCUGUAUAAUGGAGAUCAUCUCACCGUUGCUUGUGCUGAUUUUACCAUAAAAAAUAAAUAA